UGAAUAUUCAUAAACGCCAUAGAGCUACAUGCGGCCUCACCCUCGGUCGGUUGCCAGACGAGUCUGUUAUCUUUCAGCGACUUUAUCAACGGUUUCCUUGCACUUUUCCGAACGUUUUCGGAUUUAAGGGAAGACGAAUAUCAGCAAAGGUCACAUUAUCCGGUUAUGACCUGGUUACACGUUUGAUUGACGUGUGAAAGCCACGCCCUUGCUUUAAAUCCACCUGCACUUUCAGAAACUCACUUUAGUGAAGCGCACAAGAAAUCUGGACACGAAUAAUAGCGGAUAAACCCUCCGUUAGAUCUAUCUGGACCGUCUAGCUCAAGAAUAACUACGUCUACUGCCCCUCGUUCUGCAUUUGAUCAAAACCCUCCAGGUCGACAGAACAGCAAUGAUGAUGCAAAUCUGCGAUUCCUACAACCAAAAAAACUCCCUCUUCAAUUCCAUGAACCGGUUUAUUGGUGCUGUGAACAACAUGGACCAGACAAUCAUGGUGCCAAGUUUGCUGAGGGAUGUCCCAUUGGACCAGGAGGCCGAGAAAGAGGUGAACUCCUUCCAGGAUGGAGACAUGUAUGGCUCUUAUGUGCUCCUCAAAUCAAUUAGGAACGAUAUCGAAUGGGGUGUGCUUCAAGCCGAUGAGAGGCGCAAGGAAAAGCAUGGCGUGACGACGGCCCUGGAGAUGUCUCGCAUCGAGCCGAACGAUGAGGAUUUGGAGAAGCUGUUUCAUUUACAUCUAAAUGGACUGCACACGGUACUGGGGAAGCUCACCCGAAAAGCGAACACUUUGACAAACCGGUACAAGCAAGAAAUUGGUAUCGGUGGCUGUGGGAAUUGAAAAGAACAAGAGUUUGCUCCAUCCAUCGCUGGUGGAAUGCAAAAAAAGUUCACAAGAGGGUGCAGCAGGGGUUGAAGCCAAAUGGGCCCCUGGUGGCUUCUGUGCAUCUUUAAUUCCCCGUAUUGGAAAAAAAAGUCUUCUACUCGACGUCGGUUUACAAGCACCCUUAAUUCCCCUGCUAAUAUCCCUUGAUAUUGUUUGCACAACCUGGAUUCUGGCUUGGAAACAGGCUUUUGAAAUUUAACGCAAUUUAAGCAAACAAGCCAACAUUAAAUUAAAAAGAUAUGCCAUUCAUUGGCCGGUAUGGUAGUUUUGGCGGUGUAUUCAUGUAGAUUAUAACAGGCUGGGCUGAGAAUUAAAAUCACUAAUUAUGUAUAAAACGCACAUUUCUACACU